AUGGAGGCCGGCUUACUGUCUUUUAGGCUUCGGCCUACAAGGAGCCUUUUGAAUACUGAAGAUGAAAUGUCUAACAUCCAGUGGGAUUCAAUGCCUGUGGACGUACAAGAAUGGCUGACUGUUACCUUUACAAGUAAACAAGAGGCACAAAAAGCUGAGGAUGCAGCCAGUGUCCGUACUGUUGCAUAUGCUGUCCAGGCAGGUGUUUUUGUAGAAAGGAAGUUCCGUACAGCUACUAGCCCGGUUGGAUUAGCUUAUCCACUAGAAGUCAUAGAAGCGCUCAAGGAUAUCGAUAAAUGGGGCUUUGAUGUGUUUGCCUUAAAUGAAGCGAGUCAAGGACACAGCUUGAAAUAUAUGAUGUGUGAGCUGUUAAGCAAAUAUAACCUUCUGAGCCAGUUCAAGAUUCCUAUUACUUGCCUGAUUUCAUUUGCGAGUGCUUUGGAAGCUGGUUACAACAAAUAUAAAAAUUCGUAUCACAAUUCAAUCCAUGCCGCAGAUGUCACUCAAACUGUGCACACCAUCUUGCUUCAUACUGGAAUCAUGCACUGGUUCACUGAUCUGGAGAUGUUAGCAAUCAUUUUCAGCACCUCAAUCCAUGAUUAUGACCAUCCUGGGACCACAAAUCAUUUCAAUGUUGAGACAAGGUCGGAAGCCGCUAUUUUAUAUAAUGACAAAUCUGUUCUUGAAAAUCAUCAUGUGAGUGCUGUUUACCAUCUUAUGCAAAGAGAUGAAAUGAACAUUUUAGUCAAUUUAACUGCAGAAGAAUGGAGAGAGUUACGCCGCCUGGUCAUUGAGAUGAUUUUAGCUACAGAUAUGUCACAGCAUUUCAACCAAAUGAAUUUCAUGAAAAACAUUCAACAAACGCAGCAAAUGAAAAGGGUACACAAAGAUAAAGUCAUGGCUUUCAUUGUACAUACCGCUGACAUAAGUCAUCCAGCAAAGCCCUGGCAUUUGCACAAAAAAUGGUCAGAAGCAUUAAUGGAAGAAUUCUUUCAUCAGGGUGACAAGGAGGCUGCAUUGGGAUUGCCAAUUUCUUCUCUCUGUGAUCGCAAGACUACAAAGAUUUCUGAAUCUCAAAUAGGAUUUAUUGAAAUCAUAAUAAGACCUUUAUUUGUUCUUCUAUUUGAAGUCCUUGAAAAAAUUGUUGCUCCUCUUAUAAAGGAAGCUUCUAAAUCAAAAUGUGCUUCUUCCUCCAAACAGCAGCGUCGGAGUCAAUAUACAAGUGAAAGUCAAAGUGAAGAUGAUGAAACUGACAGUCCUGAAACUGGGACUUGCACAGAAAGACAGCUUUUAUCCGUUUUAGACAUACCUCGAUUUAAGGAACACUUGUUGUUGAUUAUUCAAGAUAAUAAAGAAAAGUGGAAAGAGAGUCAGGAAAAAAUUCCUGAAGAACAAACAAAUCAGCUCCCAGUACUGAAGGAAGAGGUUGCAGAACCUGAAACGAAAGAAGGAGACAAGGGGACCAAAGAAGAAUCCAUGGUAACUGAGCAUAAAAAGACUAAAGAGCAAAGAAGUAAAGGUAAAGCAGAGAGGGGGAAAUCCCAGAAAGCCUCCAAGGGCAAACGCCCCCCUUCAAAGCCAAAAAGAGAUUGCGUCGCGCCUGAAAGUCCAUCUCUUUGCCAUUGCCAAUGUUCUGAUAGUAGAGCAUUUGAACCAAUUGAUGUCAGCUUCAUAGUUUACAAUGCGGAUGCAUCAGAACUGUCACAGUCACAACUGGAUGAUGUCAUGGAUAUCACUGAAUCAUACGAGGAAUUGGUAGAUAGUCCGAGCUCCUGGAGAAAGGCUGCUAGUAAACCUGCAAUUGAAAACAUAAAGGAGAUGAGGAGCAUGGUGACAGAAACAAAAGCUCUGGGCCCAAAUGAAAGUGAUGAUGUUGUCAUUGAGGAAUGUAUUCCAGAUGAUUCUCAGUCCCAGAUAACAACUGUACCCCCUGAUCCCGUUGCUCAGAAGGAUGACCCGCAACCGCCUAAAGUCAACUUGCUACCAACAGACCUGACUCAAAGUGACAUGGAAAUAUUUUCUCUGUGGAACGAAGAAGUUUUGAGACGUGCAGCUGAGCAAAAGAAUCAAGAUCAAACCAGAAUGGCUACAGAUGACAAAACAGAGCCCGUAACAGGACAGCCAAGUGAGGGUUCUCAAGGAAGCGAGGGAAACAACGAUAAUUUUGUUCUACAAAUAAUAUCUUUUGACUCUGUCCCUGUUACAUGUUCAAGAGAUACAGGAUCAAAACAAGAUGCAGGGCAGCAAGAGGGUAACGUUGCUCCAGCCCCAAUGAAUGAAAAUACCACACCAUCAAGUGCAUAUGAGCAUCGUGAAAUUAUCUUAAAUGGAGCUGCAGCUGUAUCUGUCACAUCCUUAAACUAUGGCUUUGGGAUCUUUAGAAUACCCCCAUAAAUAUAACCUGUAAUGUAAGCUUGUCUCAAACACAGUUGGGACCAAUAAAUACAUGGCCAUUUGACCAAAUAAACACAGCA